AGUAUAAAAGAACCGUCUCAUAUGAAUCAUGAAAACUUCAUUUCCCCACUAAACAAGGGUUUGUUUUUUCUGUUAGACAUGAAAACCUGACCACAUUCAAGCCAAUUUCCAAAAAUAAAAUGACCUUUGUAAAUACAAAUAUUGCACCUGCAUACAUUAAACUUAGAUCACCAAGCAAGUAGGAAAUUGGGUUUAGUCCCAAAAUCCAGUCAUGUUGGAUCAAAUCACAAUCUUAUGCAAACGGACCGUGGUCAGCACCAAGCCAGUCCAGCCCGGGAAAUUCCACCACCUAUCGGCUCUGGACCGGGUCAUGGAACCCAACCGGAUCCUAAUGGUGUACUAUUACACGACCCCUCCGGGUCGGGCUGUCGGGGUAGUAACCAAGAAGCUGAGAGAGUCCAUAUCCGAAAUGCUUAACGGGUUUCCUAUGGUGACGGGCCGGCUAUUGAAGAACGAUGAUGGGCAGUGGAUGAUCAAGUGCAAUGACGCAGGAGUGAGACUGGUGGAGGCGCGGGCGAAAGGGAGCGUGGAGCGGUGGUUGAGGCGCACGGAUAGGGAGAAAGAGCUUUUGCUUGUCCAUUGGGAGGAUAUGUAUUGCAAGCCCUAUUUUUGGUCUACUUUUUAUGUUCAGCUCACUGAAUUUGAAGAAGGCGGACUAGCAAUCGGCCUGAGCUGCACCCACCUCCUAGUUGAUCCCCCUUCUGCUGCCAUGUUCAUCAAGGCAUGGGCCAACAUAACCCUUGGUGGCAAAAUGCUCACUCCUCCUCUCUUCCAACCACUACCACUGCCAAAACCUGGCAACAAAAACACCAACGACCAAACUUACACUGCCUUAGUCGAUUGUUACAAAACAUCGAUACAAAAUCCAAUUCCUGACAUGGCCAAGCAACAUGCAACUGUUACAUUCGGAUUUACAUACGAAAUGGUGCAAUCUUGUAUAGCCAUGGCUAAAAGCGUAGGUGCACCCGAUGAUUCAUCCCUGACGCCCUUUGAAGCCCUAGCUGGGCUAUUUUGGGUUUGUGUGAGCAAGAUAAAAGGAGAAGGAAAUGGUACUCUAACAAACCUGUCUGUAAGUGUGGAUAUGAGGGAAACCCUAGGUUUGGACAAAGGUUUCUUUGGAAAUUGCAUGGCAUACCAUGAAGUUCCUGCAUGGGAAUGUUUGGGAGAUCAAAAUGGGUUAUCAGAAGCAACUUCUGCUAUUGGGGAAGCAGUGAAGAAGAUGGAAAAUAAAAGGAUACUCGAUUUGAUUGAGUGGUUGGAAGGUGAUAAUUUUGAAUCCUAUUCAAUAUCUACAAUUAGCGGUCAAUACCUAAUUUGUGCUAAAUUGGAUAACGUGGUGUCAAAUUCAACCAUAUUUGAAGAUUGUUAUGAUCCGAUUCGAGUUUCUUGUUACAUUGAGCCUGUGUUGGGAGAAGGGCAAGUACUAAUCCUUCCGUCGCCACCGAGGGAGGGUGGAUUCAGCAGGGUGGCUAUGGUUACACUACCAGAGGAUGAGGUUGUCAAGUUGUGUGAAGAUGCUCUUCUCCUUCAAUUUAACCCGACUAUUUUGAUGGGAAUGGGCAAAUCAUGAAAUAUUGUUUAAGUUCAUAUACAGCCGUACAAGGUGAUAGAUUGUAACGUGUGUAACAAUAUGUACCCA